CACCUCUCCAGCACCGCGAUCUUGAGUCUUCUUGGCUACUAUCAAUUCACUUUAUACUAAAAAACACACUGCACAAUAUGGCUGAUCGCUACGUUGCCGUCCACGAAACCGCCAGCGGGCCUGGUGAUGCCCGCCCUACCGCCAUCCAGAUCAUCAAGGAUGAGAACCUCGAGGGCAAACUUGUUGGUCAAGUUGCCCUCAUCACCGGCUGCUCCUCUGGCAUCGGCACCGAAAGCGCCAAGGCUCUCUAUCUCGCAGGAGCUACUCUCUAUCUUACCGCUCGCAACCUCGCCAAGGCUCGAACUGCGCUUGGUGAGUUGGCCGAUAGUGACCGCGUCCAUCUCCUCCAACUUGAUCUCGAAUCCUUCGACAGCGUCCGCUCUUGCGCAGCCGAAUUCCUGUCCAAGUCUUCUACGCUGAAUAUUGCAAUCCUCAACGCGGGUGUAAUGGCGACUCCCGAGGGACGUACAAAGGAUGGCUUCGAGACGCAGUUCGGCACAAACCACUUGGCCCACUUCCUACUCUUCAACCUUCUCCAGCCCGCACUACUAGCUGGUGCUACCCCCCAGACACCCUCUCGUGUAGUCGUCCUGAGCUCCGUCGCACACCGUUUUGGCGAGGUUAACUUCGACGACGUCAACUUCGAGGGGCAUUACGAUGCGAUGGCCACCUACGCGCAGAGCAAAACAGCAAAUCUCUGGACUGCCAACGAGAUUGAACGUCGUUACGGCGCCCAGGGCAUUCACGCAUGGAGCGUCCAGCCCGGCGCCGUGCAGACAGACUUGAUGCGGCAUACGUCCUCGGACGCGCAAAAGGGACUAGAAACCGACGACUAUCUAAGCAAAAUCAUGAAGAACCCUCAGCAAGGCGCCGCCACAAGCAUUUGGGCUGCUACUGCUGCGGCAUUGGAGGGUAAGGGGGGAAAGUAUCUGGAGAACUGCCAGAUUGUGCCUGAAUGGGAGCCAUCGUUCGGUCAAUGGGGUCCGGGAUACGCACCACAUGCGUAUGACACGGACAAGGCGAAGAAAUUGUGGGAGAAGUCUGUUGAGUGGGUGGGCUUGUAAAUAUUAGUCGGUUUCUCCAUAAGACGUUAUGUUCACCAAGUACCAAAAUCA